CAGUGGAACUUGCCGUUGUGUCCAGUACAGCUCGUGCUGAACUGUUAUGAUGUGUCAAUGAGUUAAAAAGAAAAAGAAAAAAAAAAAAGGUGGACGACACAUACAAUGAGAGGCCCCCACGGUGCGUGAACAGGAAAAGCGGACAUCAUCAUUGCAAUCAAAAGUCUCUGGUAGAUCCAUCGUCAUCACUCAUAAUUGUCCAUUCUUCCAUCAUUUCCUCAGUGUACUAAAACGUACCAUGAAGGGUGAAGAUGUGUGUAAAAAGCCAGAUGAUUUAGGAGAUGCCCCGGGAAAACGGCCCAAACGUAAAUGCCUGCAAUGGCACCCACUGCUCUCUAAAAGGGCACCCGAUCUUUCUGAAGAGGAGGAAGAACAAGAUGAUGAAGAGGAGCUGGCAAAGGACCAAAUAUCCCAAGAUCAGAGCGGCAGUACAUCAGAGGAAGGUCAAGAGGAGGCAAUUGAGAAGCGAGCCCGUCGGCCGAUGAAUGCCUUUCUUCUCUUUUGCAAGCGCCAUCGUUCCUUGGUGCGACAUGAACACCCUCGCUUGGAUAACCGAGGAGCCACUAAAAUCCUGGCUGACUGGUGGGCUGUAUUGGAGCCUGCAGAAAAGCUCAAAUACACUGACAUGGCCAAGGAGUAUAAGGAAGCUUUUAUGAAGGCAAACCCAGGCUAUAAAUGGUGUCCUACCACCAGCAAACCAGUAAAGAGACCUUCAUGCCAGACCGUUUUUAGCCCUCGCAAAAAAGUGUGGUCCCUUGUUUCAAAUGCAUCCAAGGACUUGCCCACUGCCAAAAAAUUGCCAAAAACUGAUGUCCCACAACUGAACUUUGCCAUGGCCGAUCCAACAAAGAUGGGUGGCCUCAGUAUGCUGCUGUUAGCUGGAGAGCAUGCCCUCGCAAGCCGAGAGGGCUCUUUGACCACAAAACCAAGUUUACCUGAUACAGCCGGGGAAGGGAGAUCCUUUCCAGAAGAAAACCAGUCAUCCCCAUCUGUAGCACCUGACAGAAAAUCCUGCAGACGGUCUGCUCUCUUUCAGCUUGCAGAGAUGUGCUUAGCAUCUGAAGAUGGGAAGGUUGACACAGACGUAUCUCAGCAAGGAACCAGCUCAUCUUCACCCCCUUUUCAAAAGUCUACAGCAAAAAGUCUUCAGGUUCAAGAGGAGAACUUGAAGAAUCUUGGUUGCCCUCUCGACUCUAAAAAACCUUUACCUUCCUCCUCAGUCACCUUAACUCAGACAUUUCCCCUGGAACCUGACAUCCAAAAUCGGUGUCUCAAAAAGGAAAACGAUAAGAAAGAGGGAUUUAUUUUAAAUGACAAAGAUAAAACAAAUUCUUCGAAGCAGUUCCUAAAUAAAUGUACAGGUACAGAAUCAAAUACUGAAAUUGUAUUUGGAAUGGACACUCUGGCUGAAAGUGUCUGGAACAAUUCAGCGAAGCCCAAGAUGAACAUUCAACAUGUGUUAGGUGGUGAUAAUUCUGGUUACCCAAAAAAGAAGAGUAAGCCCAAAGUUAAGACUUCUGUUAAAGACAAAGAACUCAAGUAUGAACAGCACAGUGCUUCUAAGGUAAAAAUAAAAGAAGGGAUGGGCUCUAUGACAGAAACAGAACAGGACAGCAUGGAGGGAUGCCAAAAAUUUCCCUACAGGUCUUCACUCAUGAUGUUCAAAGAAUAUGACAAUAGACAGGAAAGGACAAGAGAAGUAGAGUCCAACAUGGAAAUCCAUGGCUCAAGGAAAUCGGAGAGGAGAUGUAAAGGCGCCUUGUACAAAACCCUUGUUUCUGAAGGAAUGCUGACCUCGCUGAGAGCCAAUAUUGACAGAGGUAAAAGAGGCGUCUUUCGGGCUGCUGAACAUGAAGUGAAUUGUGGUGGAGAUAGCUGGACACUUUCCCAAAUGCCAUGUAAUAACCCUAAAAGGCUAAAAAGGUUCAAGUCCAAAGAUGAUUCUUCACAAGGAAAACUUGAAGAAGAAUUUGAAAAGAAGUUUAACAGUCUGCCACAGUAUAAUCCAGUGACAUUUGAUAAGAAGGGGCCUUCUGUCAUUAAGAAAAAGAAGACUGAUUGGUCCUGUGGACAUGAGGAGACUUCAAAAGCAGGAAAAGGAUCAUUUUCAUCAACGAAAAAGACUUCAUUCCACAAGAUUGUUAAGAAGCACAAACACUUAAAGGACAAACCAGGCAAAUCAUGUUCCACAGAUGCCACAAUAUGCCCAGAUGUGCAAUGUGUCACUUCAGGGGAUAUACUCGUCGGUAGCCAGAAGAGGAAGGCUAGGAAGACAAAGAUUACACACUUGGUACGCACAGCUGAUGGCCGAACAUCUCUGCAUGAGGAGGAAAAAAUUGGGAAUCUGACCCAGGUGCAGGAGAUAACGCCAUUACCCAAGCUCAAUUUAUGCAAUGACAAAGUGUGCUACAGUACUUCCAGACCAGUGGAGGGGGACACUGGAACGCAGGAGCUACCUGGUUUCUUCAGUUUAGCUGCUCUUGCUGAAGUGGCGACCAUGGAAAACAUUCUCAGAGGCCAGAAAAGCUUGGCUGAAAGUUUAAAGAGAGAACUCGCCCAGACUCCAGUCCUCAUCUCUUGUGCUGAUCAGUAAAACUAUUCUAUUUCUUUUUUUUUUUUUUCCAUCAAGCCCUGUUUUCGAAGGAAAACUCUCAUUUUCCCUACUCUCCACUAUUUUACUGAAAUGUCUUUUCGAACAUCUCCCCUUGAAAGACUCUGUCACUUAUGUCUUUAAGAGGUUGUCAGGGUCUUAUUGUAUAGUGGCCUUUAUGAGGGUCAAACCUUGCAAUUUAAACAAAACACCACGUUAAAUAUGAACAAAAAUGAAAUCUAAACAGAGUUCAUAGUUAACAUUUUAACUCACACCACACCAAUGAAUAGCCUCUUUUUUGAUCAAAAGGAUGCUCUCCUCACUUCCACUUCUAGUAGCUUUAAGCUCACAUCCUCGUAACCAGGAUAAAUGGUUACGAAUGAUGUUUUGCAAACUCCGCCUCCUUAACGGCCAUCGACCAAUCAUACAUCCUAGAGGCGGUUGUUAAGUGAGCAUGAUCCGGCAAACCCUCGGAUGCCUCAUUGUUUAAUUGAUUGAUUUGGUGGUUUUGAGAUCGCAAACUGCCAUCAAACUUUAUAGAAGAAGGCAAAAAGGCUCAACAAAAUCUGGAGGUCCAAAAUGGUGAAGCGAUGCGCCGAAAGAAUAUCUAAAUCAGACUCGAGGUACCCCAGGAGUAUAUCAGUAUGAAUGCAGUUACAAUAGUACCUUGACAUACGAUCGCUUUGACAAACGAUCCUUUCGACAUUCGACGUAAAAUUUGACUUGCCAUUUGUUUCUUCAUCCGACGACAUGCUCUAAAUACGACGAUCAAUGACAGCAUUGUAGUUGCUUUGUUUUCUCGCAAAACGGACGCACGGCAUAUUUUCUUGUGAGAGAAAUGAACAUGCGAUCCAACAAUGUUAGUGCAGGUGGUGGAAAAAGGUGAUGCUUACCAUUGACGUGAAGAUGGAUAUGAUAGAAAAAUAUGAGCGUGGGGCGCGCAUGCGUUAUACGGCUCAACAAUACGGCCAUAGACGGUCUAUGAUCUCGGCGGUCCUCCUCCAUUCGCCAGUCUUUAUAAGUUGGUAACAUCGCCAAAGAAAUUGCCAGCUUUGUCAGAUUUCUAAUCAUGCAUUCCAUCAACUUGUGCAACACAACACGCCUAGUGUCCCCCGCAGCAAGUAAACAAAGUGAAAGUAAAAAGGCUCACUCUGUCAAGUCAGCCACGCGAUACGUUCAGGUACACCCCGCAAAUACAUUCGCCACAUUAGAACCUGGUUUGUUACAUUAUUACAGGUAUUAUUAUUAUUAUUGCAAUUUUUAGUCAUAAUUUAUUUGUUUUGCUCUGUGUAUCUGCUAUUUGCAAUAAUACCAGCAGUAUUUAUUAAAGAUUUAGUAUAGGUUUUCGGGCUGUGGAACGAAUUAAUGGAAUUAUAAUGUAUUCUUAUGGGAAAAUCCUGCUCGACAUACGACCAUUUCGACUUACAAACAAGGUCCUGGAACGAAUGAAUUUCGUAUGUAGAGGUACCACUGUAUUUCUUUUCAAAUUCCGAAAAAACAACUGUAUUCCAAUGGAUUAAACAGUCGAGACGUACAGCUAAAUGUUUCCAAAUAAACAAGCAUACAUAUGUAUGCGUGCGCUAACGUUAAAGCGAUGCUUCCUCUGUUUAAGCAAACGUAGCGUCCUAAUAAGCGCCUUGAAUUUAUUUUGUUUUUAAUUUUCACGUAACAUUUUUUGAACAUUAGCAUCCCACCUACCUUAGGUGUAAGUGGUAAACCCGCCUUGAUAGCUUGGUACAAUUUUUUUGUAUUUUCAAUAUUACCUAAAGCUGCUUAGUGUAAAGCCUUUUACUUCAAUCUGAAGGAUGUUGCAGUGGUGCUGCUCGAAAAUAAGGAGGACGGAGCUUUUGCAAAAGAUCAAUUGAUUAAAAUUCUUUAGUUUUGGCCUAUCAUAUACUGUAUGUCAAUAUAUGCUCUGUAUUAGGCAUGACAAAAUAAGUGUUUUAAAUUUAAAUUUUACGUUUGUCCGGGUAUACUACACAUACGAAGACGGUCUGUUGUCACUAGAAAGAGACUGAAUGUUUCAAAGUGUAAAACUGCUCAUACUCUCGCGCAUUUGAACUAGAAUUAACUACUAGUAUAGUUGAAUAUGUUUUCCCCUCUUUGAUCUAUGCUUCAUUGUUCCUGUCAGUGAGGCAGCAGGCCAGUAUUAAAAUGAACACAAUAUAGCCUAAAAUCUCCUUUUCAUACCUGAUAUGUCACUGCAAAUUCAUUUAUCAAUGGCCUGCUCAGUGCAUUGCGUUAGGUCUUAGAAUACUUGAAUUAUGCAAUGUAAAUGUACAUGCAAUAUAAUCAAGACUUAAUAAUAUUAUUACUCAUCUCGUAGCUCCUCGAAAGACACUUGUCCUUUAAUUAUACUGAACAAAAAUAUAAAUGCACCACUUUUUUUGCGAGCUGGACUUGGAUCUUAAACUUCUACAUACCUGUACAUAAGCCAGUCUUCAUAUGCAAUAAGUCAAUUAAUCGCACGGUAAAUUAAAAUGACUUGGGCAGUUUUACCGACCAACCAAUAACCACCCGCUUCAAUAUCCGCUGCUUGACAACGCUGAAGUUAGCGACACCAUCGCGCUCCCGUCUAUUCAACUCGCAGUUCCACCUUCAAAGCUUGCAUUUGGGCCAAAUUGCUGGUCGGCGGCAAUGUUUUGCAUGUAAAAAGACAUUGGCUGCGUUCACAUCCCAGUACCUACUGAUUAAAAUAGGGUAAUAUAGUUUUAUUAGUUCCUUUUUAUCGCAUUUACGGCCUGUUACACACUCUGUAUUGUCUUUGUCUGUAAAUCUUUAUCGGCGAUACGUGUAAAAUUUUGGUUCAAGGCGUGCAACGUUGUCACUUCACGUGUUUAGAUGACAAUCACUUUUGACCAAAAUCUGAGUUUAAUGGCCUAUAAUUAGAAGGAAAAAAAUCAUAUCCUGCACUUUGCUAGCGUUCAAAUCACACCCACUAUGAAAAAUCGGGCAAAAAAUGGAAUAAUAUGGCUUUAUAGUUGCUAACAUAUGCACUUUUCAGGUAUUUUUUAGACGACAGUCACUUUGGACCAAAAUCAACCAUUUUGAUUGGCUCUAAUUCGCACAAAACAAAAAUGGUGUGGAGGUUCUCACUAAUUUCAGACUCUACACUAAGCUAGCCUAAAAGUGACACGCUAGGCGUAGUGAUUAUUAAAAUGUUGAUUCAUUAAUUUUAUAAAUGUAGUUUGUUUUAUUUUUAGAAAAAAAACAAUAUGUUUGAAUGGGUGUACUUGAUAUAUUAAGACAUAUUGUCAAAAUAUUAGUGGUCAAAUUGGUUCUUUUUUUUUUUUUUGACAAAUCGCAUAUCACCAAUCAUUUAUGAGACCAUAUAUCUUGCAAUUUGUUAUUACGACCGACCUUACUUGUACAUGCCGGGGUAUUUCCCUCAAAUGUUGUUGACAAAUCUGUCAAAAUCUGUGUUCAUGAGCAUUUCUCCUCUUUUGAGGUAAUGUCCCGGGUAGGGCAUAUAAAAACGCUGAUUAGACAGUAGGAUUACUGCACAAGUGUGCCUUAGGCUGGCCAUGAUAAAAGGCCUCUCUGAAAUAUGCAGUUUUAUGACACAGCACAAUGCCACCAUUUUUGAGGGAGCAUGCAACUGGCGUGCUGACUGUAGGAAUGUCAGUGUUCAUUUGUCAACCAUUAGCUGUCUCCAAAGAGGUUUCGGAUAAUUUGGCAGUACGUUGCGUUUCUAUAUUUUUGUUCAGUAUAGAAUAAGCAAACUUGUCAGCUUCUCAUGUUAAUCCCCAGUUUUCAGUCAUUAAUUGGGUCAAUGACUUCAUUAGCUGUCUUCAUAAAAGUUAAUUCUUUAUAUUAUAGUCAUUUGACAACGACACAUGGAACAGUCAGAUGAAAAUUUAGAAAAACAAGAAAUGCCAUACUUGUAUACUUCAACAAAUCUAACUGAAAAAUGUUUAAUAUGUCUGCAAUAUCUGUCUGGUUAUAGACUUAAGUACCGUCAUUUCAAGCUACUUUUUACCCCAGUUUUGAACCUAGUGUUUUAUAGUCCAAUACGGCUCAUAUAGGGUGACACACACAUACACAUAGCUUUUUUACAAUCUGAUAAAGCCAAGAAGGAUGAAAGAAAAAAAAAGUGUCUUCAUAGUUAUUGAAACCUAAAAACAUGCCAUUUAAAGGAGCAAUAUGUAAGAUUGGUGGCCAAAAAUGGUACCGCACCCUUAAUGAAAAUAUUGAGGCGCAUAACAUCACUUUCCCCUUUGAGCUGCCAGAUAACUGCUUUGCAGUAGAGAAUCAAGCUGCGUUGUCAUACCAAUGUUGUAUUUUAAUUGGAAACUAAAAAAUGCAAUUUCUGGAGAAACUGCAUGGGAAGCUUUGCUAUGUUGGUCAGUAUAGCUGUAGUACAAGUACACGUACUUCUAGUGCAAGUACAUGUAGUAAAAGACCACACAAGUAAACGUACUUGUAGUACAAGCCCGUGUAUGUACACGUACUUUUAGUACAAGACCACACAAGUACAAGCACACAUGCUUGUAGUACAGGUACAUUCAAAAGCAUGUACUUGCAGUACAAGUAACCAAUAGUGUUGCACCGAUAUCAAUUUUUUGACCUCGAUACCAAUACCUGGCUGUGCAGUAUCGGCUGAUACCGAUACCACUCCGAUUGAAUGAAGAGCUACAUGCUUGAGUGUGAAAUCAUUGCUAUCAUGGCUUUGUCCGGCUGCUGCUUACCUUUGUGAAACAGGAAAAAGAUAUAUACAGUGUAUAUAGUGUAUAUGAAGAGCUACAUGCUUGGAUGUGAAAUCAUUGCUAUCAUGGCUUUGUCAGGUUGCUGCUUACCUUUGUGAAACAGGAAAAAGUCUAAUACAAAGUGAAUCCAGGAGAACUUUUUAUUGCAUACCUUGUAUGUGUGACAAUAAACCUUUGGCUCUCAAAGGCCAAAAUAGUGCUAAAUUUGUGAAAUUAAAACACGUAUUAUACUAGUCCAGUGCUUCUCAAUUAUUUUCUGUUACGCCCCCCCAAGCAAGACGUAAAUGUUUCGCGCCCCCCCAAACUCUCCGCCGCCACUGUAAAUAGUAUUAUUCGUCUAUAAAAUUACUCUUAUAAAUACGCAUCUGCCUAACAUUGUGUCCUUUUUUUCUAAUAAAGAAAACAAGGAACAGAUCAACUUAUAAUAAAGUAUAACUUUAUUAACAUUGUUUUGUUUGUAACAGAGAAGACUUGACGUGCAUCAAUUUGCCUGAAUUAAAAAAAAAAAAAAAGUCACAUUCAAACUGUAAAAAAUACACUCAAGGUAUUUUUGACCAUUUGAUACAGAAAAAUAAAAUGUAAUAAAAUACGUAAAUAAUAACAAAUUCAAAUUGAUUAGAAACAUUUACUCAUGAGGACAAUAUGCCAAAAAAUUUGACCGAAAAAACAAAAAUGAAUAAAGGAAAAAAAGAGUGUCCUUGGACAGAAGGACAGUUUUUAUUUUUGCUGCUCACACUCAGUAUUACCUCCUUUGCAAUGGUGUGGAGUCAUUAUGCAAUGAGCAUGCUAACAAUGCUCACUGGUUUACAGAUAUAACACUGACAAAACAGGACUAUUGUUGGCAAUAUUCGGCACGUUUUCGCUGCAAAACAGUCAAGCGGCUUAUCAAUGAGAUUGGGGUCGAAUGUCUUUAAGUGGCGUCUUAAUUGAUUUGGCUUCUGGCAGUCCGCUAUAAUUAUUUUCAGACACAGUAAACAGUAGUCUUUCCUCAUCACCCCACUGUAUUAAAAGUCAAAGCUAAAAGGCAAACGGCCCGAAAAAAGCGCAUUCUCGGCGGCCGAGGUAGAACCGUAGGUGAGGGCGGUCGUCGUGACGAUCCCAAGCCGAAAAUGGCACUUCUCGGGCGGCAACGUGAGAACCGGACAAGACAGUGGGUCGCUGCGUGAGUCAGUCCGGUCGGAAAACGGCUUUCGAAAAUGGCGGCGGCGCACUGCUCUUCAUAUCUGUUUUCUGUGUGCUGAGUGCUCUUCCUUAGUUCAAAAAUACUGCACGCACUCUGAAAAUGAGAGCGCCACUGCCACCCACUGAGUGGAUGUGCAAGUACACUUUAUUCCAGUCCGGCAAAAAAAAAAAAAAAAAAAAAAAAGAAAAAAGCAUGUUCCCCGAGGACACAUGCGCCCCCCCUGGCAUCGCUCUGCCCCAGGGGGGCGCGCCCCACUAUUUGAGAAGUACUGUACUAGUCCAACAGUAAGAAAGUAAAAAUACAUUAAUAAUAAUAAUAAACUCUGAAUGAACCAAAUAUACUCUUUGAAACCCUGAGUUUUGGCUCUCAAAGGCCAAACAGUGCAGCUUUCAUGAAAUUAUAAGUACCGGUAAUAAAAAUUGACCACAGAAUCCUGUCUCUCUAUCAGCUUCCCUCUCUGAUACUGUUAUCGGUAUCGGGGCAUUAUUAGUAACCAUAGAUGAGUACAAUUAAGUACACCUUCUAGGUAAAUGUACUUGUAGCACGACAAAUGCAUAUCCUUGUCUUAUUUCUGCAACCUUAGUUUACAAAGGCUAAAAACUCUGGCAACCUGGAAGAAGAGAAAAAAACUUAUCUUGUAAUUGGCUGAUUGGUGGAGGGUGGGACAUCUGUUGCAAACACAGAAUCAAAACUUAUCUUGUAAUUGACUGAUUGGUGGAGGGCAGGACAUCUGUUGCAAACACAGAACCAAAACAAUAACAUUUACAGACUGAUUUUGAAAUGGGGAAAAUAUCAGCUUAACCAUCGAGAACCGUUAGAAGUAUUUCCAUAAAUCAAGUUACUUUAUUGUUAAUUGAAAUAGUAGGGCCAUUGAAUGAAUAAGUGAAGUGCAAAUCUUACAUAUUGCUCCUCUAAGAAACAAUGAUAGAAUUUUCAUUUUUUCAAAAUGACAUCCUUGAGAUGGCAGCCUCCUGUGCAAAUGCAUUUUUGAGAUUCGUCAUUGACCACUGCAACAUCUCAGCUCGGAUACUGUGAAUUUCAUUCUGAAUUCACCAAAAUGGCAAAGCGUUUACUUGCUCAAGGCCACUCUUUAACAGUGGUGCCACUUGCUCAUGUCUGCCAAUAUGCAUUUAAAAGAAAUUCCUUUUUUUUUUUUUUUUCACCCUUUUACAGGAUAUCCAGGCCCUUGUUCUUUUGUGCAAAUAUCCCACUAUACAAUGUGGACAUCUAGGGCUUAUAAAUGAUGAAUGAAGUACCUUGAAGACAAAGUUGGAUUUAUAUUCCUUAUUGUUUUUUUUUUGACUUCUUGUUUUCUGUUUGUUCCAUGAUUUAACAUUACAUACUGUCCUUGCACACUGGCCAUAUUCAUUACAUCAUCUAUUACGGAGACAAAUCAAGGAGAAUAACUCAGAAUUAUUCAACUGUUGUCUAAGAGAUUUGACUUGCUAACGUAUGUCAUUGCUUUCUUUGUUUAGAAUAAUAUUUAAUUUUUACCGUAAAUUUCAUUUCUAACAAAGACCCUGUAAAGCAACAAAAAAAUACUGUAUAUUAAUAGUAAUACAAAUUAUGGCAGAUUUAAGUGAAUUUUUAAAAACGGAAUUUAUACCUAAAAUUUACAGUUCAUCAUUUUAGUAUCACACUUUUUGUGAAAAUUUUAGUUUUUCAGGCUUGAACAAAAAGGCUUUUAUGCACGAAUGAAUACUGCCAGCCCUCCCAAGUUCAAACGGAUUGGACAUCUAUCUCCCUCAAAGGCAGCCAGUGAGUUAAGUAAAUUUUUAGCACUUGUUUCCAGGCAGAUUUAAUGUAAUUAAGGGGAAAUAGUCUUUCAAUUAUUAAAAAUCAAUCUAAAAUAUUUUACAGGGUCUUUAAAAAGAAUACAGUAUAGUAGUUUUUUUUUUUUUUUUUUUUUUUUUUUUUUAAGGAACUUAUUUUUUCCAAAGGUAAUAUACUAGCUUAGCAUACAAAAGGUCAAGCUACAAAAAUGUAUUCUAUUCUUCCUUGCUUUGUUGUUAGGCAGAAUUCUUUUGGCCAAUGUGUUUUGAGGAAUAGAAAAUGUCUCGACGACAUGAAGAUUUUUGGGGUUUUGACCCCUUUUCAUUCAGGUAUUCUUACAUAGUAGUACAUCACAGUGGUAUCUCAAGAUGCAAAAUCUUCCCUACAGGUAAAAUUCAUUUUACGAAAAGGUUUUCGAAGCUUUUCCCCUUCAUAUUACGAAAAAUGAUUCCACAUACAAAAGAUAAUGCGUACUGUAAUAGAUCAUUCCCGCUCACAGAAAUGGAAUAAUGUUUGACUAUAAAUGUAAACAAAUGAAUUACACACACCACAAUGUGCUCAUGUAUAUGAAACGAAAGAAUAAAACUUACAAGCGAUGCAUCUUCAAGGCAUUAAGAGCAAGAUGAAACGGCAAAAACUACAAUGAUGUAGUGGCCACUGAAUUUAGCUUGUCUUUUAGUGUUUGCUAUUUGCUCAAGUAGCCAUGUGAUAACGUCUGUAGACUGAACUGGAACCGAACAAACUAGUCACACUUGAGCGCCACUAGGGGGCGACAAAGCAUUACAAAUAAAGACAGGCAAUCAAAGGAGCCAACAGCGCCAUAAGAUCCUAUUGGUUAGACUCUUAGUCAUGCGCUCGUAUUGGCCUAUUGUUGGUAUCACUUUCGCAUUUUUGUAUUCUUUCUUUGCAUUACGUUCUAUUAUCCACGUCAUUACAGUUUGGUGAGGUAGAUAUCUUGAAUGAUUCAGAUGUGUUUGGCUCUUGUUCUGGUUUUAACCUGAUGAUUUAAUGUAGCAUUUAAGUAGCACUAGGAAUUAAAUUGGCGAUUGUUCAUGUAAAACGUGGUUCAUUAUACGAAAAAAUCAUGAUACGAAAGACUCUCUGGACUGAAUUAAUUUUGUAUCUUGAGGUACCACUAUAUUCAAGGGCGUAGGUUUGCAUAGGGACGGUAGGGACAUCACACUACCAACUUUUCAGGAUGCUCAAAUUGCAUCAACUUUUAAGCAACCGUAUUUGCAUUAUAUAAGGAGUACAGUUAUAGAGGUGAUUUAGAUUGUCUUCCCGUAUGUUGUAAGGAUAGAAUAGACCCUACCAUUAUUAAGUGAAUUAUUUUCAUUUUGUUCAGACUUACAUUUAUCCCUUUUCACUUGCUAAAUGUGCCGGUCGAUCCCCCCCAAACGCACGUUUGAUCAGCUGAUGACUUAACCCCAAUGCCACACACCCCCGCCACACAGACACACACACACACUCCCGGCAGAUUUAUGUCGACAACAUGCCACCUCCACCACCUCCUUCGAAGCGGAGGGAUGUUAAGAAUUUAUUUUUUUUCGGCCAGCAGCAAUCACUGUAAGUAUUGUGAUAAUAUGUGGUGGAGGUGGGGGAAACACCACUAAUUUUGCUACUUAAAGUCCGACCUGCAUCAGAGUAAGCAUAACAUUAAAUUUUGUGAACAUGCUAACCCGUAAAACUACUGUGGUCAGGCCAGCCUAGACGAGGAACAAUGAAGUCAAGCUAUAGCAGUCUCUCAUUUGGAUAAUUGUUUGCAUGAUUUACAUUCAAUAAUGCAACGCAGUAGCUUCAGAGUGCGAGUUCCUUUGUUUAAAAAAAAACAAAACAAAACGGGGGGCUAUCCGAGAAUGGGCCAGGGUGACACUGACAUUAAAAAAAAUCCUGUGAAAUGAAAUCACACAUCAGAAUUUCAUGAAAGUACUUCGGGUUGAGUCUUGGGAUAGUUUAGUAUCCCUCGGUCCUUGGAUAUCUCAGAUUUUUUUUCACAAAUCACUUCUACAUGACAAUAGUUUAAUUCCAGUGGGUUCCCCCAGAAGUGGACCCAUUCUUAGAUAGCUCCGUUUUUUUUUUAAUAAAGGGACUUGCACUUCAAAAUGUUUCUUUAGUAGUUUUUGAAAACAAAGGGUUGAAUCGAAUGUUGUAUCACCUGAACCAAUCCACAUGAAAGUUUGUAUAAGUCAAUACCGAUUUAUUUUGCAUUGAUUAUUUAGCCUGUUAAUGAAUUGGGUUCAUAUUUGUGGGAAAUGUAGCCCUGACCCCCAUUCAAAAAUCUGUUUGUUCUUGUUAAUGUCCUGUCCCCAACAAAAAGUCUACAUGCAGGUUAUGCUGUUAUAGCUUUCCUGCCAAUGUUGAGACCAAACCUACGCCCUUGACUAUAUUACUCCUAUCAGCUCAGGGCAUUCAUGAGCAAGGACCAUAUUUGCAGUUAAAAACGUCUCACCUUGUAAUCCUAAAAGGAGACUGGAGUCAUCCUAAUUUAUCAGACAUUGUUUGAACAAUAAAGCCAAUUGAGUUUGGUAUAUAUUUCUAUCGUUCAUUUGCCUAUUUCUCCUCGGUGAAGUUCUUUGCAAAAAUAAACCAAACUUCUGCAAAAAUAGACUAUAUUUACAUAAAGCAAGUGCAUUUACUGACAAAUUGCCAAAGAAAAAGUAAGGGUAUGUUCCAUUUUUAUUUUUUUUCCUUUAAUAAGCCUGACUCUUACUACCACCACUACAAAAAAGGCACAGAGAAAUGCUUCUUCUAAUGAAAUAUUUGCACAUAAUGAUAGUGUUCCAAACGAAUCGUUAUUUUUGUAGCAGAUUGAAUUUGCCUACUCGUGCAGGAUAAAUUGAGCUUCUUCCAGAAAAUAGCCAUAAACUGAACUUAACUACCUAAAACGGUUCUCUAAAGUCUGUUUUCCUUAAUGAAUGACGUGAAUUCCCCUUUUGUGCUAUUACUGUCCUUUUUGAAUGUAAUGAUUUUAUAACUGUAUUUUUCUAAUUCAGUAUUGAUUGUAAACUAUGAAGGCGUAAAAGAAAAAAAAAAAUGAAAGUCUACCAAAAGCAUUGUAUCAUUUUAAAUGAAUACGUGCUUUUCCCAUUUUGAUGUGUUCCUUUGCAGUUCAGCUGAAUUUGGUAUGGCAUGGACACACCUGCAAUUAGAUGAGUUUCAACAUAGUUGUUUUUGUAAGGUUUAGGAAAGUAAAAACAUUGGAUAGGUGAUGGAGUAUGCAUCACGAUUUAUGGUCUUAUAUUAGAGUAGAAACACUUUAAUGGAAUGUAGAUUGUGGAUUUGUUUCCUUUGCCUUUCUUUUUAUGUGUAGGUUAUAUCAGAAUUUGACCUCUUGGCUUAACAUAUGUAAUCUGCUGUACUUUAUUAACUCUCAUUUUAAGAUCAGUAGAAAAAUGCAGUCUUGUUUUACGUCAAACUGCUUGCAUCCUCUUUACAUUGUGCGCCAUCUUACAGCUGACGUCAUAACACUGUUGAUGAAAUUGUCUUUUUUUCCGCUGAAAAAUUAUUUGCUUGAACACUUAAUAAAAUGGCAUCUAUUACAAUUGUGUAAAAGUUUCAUUGGCUUUUCUCAAUAUGAAUCCAUAUACUGAAUAGUACGGGUGUGACAAUAUAUCGAAAUGGUGAUCUAUAUGCAUUGUAUACCAAAAGGUUAUUGAUAUGCUCCUGCCAGUGUUAGCUCAUUGGCAGCCAUUGACGGCGCUAGAUGUCCAAUCAAUUUUUUUGGGGAGGGAACCAUUUGCCCUUCUCAGUCAAAAAAGACUGGACGUCUCGUGCUGUCAAUGGCACUGAAACCAGAGCAUUCACAGCCAGUCAUCCUUGUCAUCACCUUUUUUUCCCUUUUUUUUUUCUUUUUUUAAAAACUGUCCCGUUCAGCUGUUUGACACGGAGAAUGGAAGUCUAAGUGUCCGGUUUGUCUGAACAGUUUUAAUGUUUCACAUUGACAGCAUGACAUACUCCCAUUGUAAUCAUUCAACAUACCUUGUUUAUUAUGGCAAAGCAGCGAACAUGAAGGGGUUAGGGGGGAACAGAAGAAAAGAAACACAAGAAAAGAAACACAACAACAAGAAAUACAUUGAACGCCAACACGAACUAUGAAUAUGUUGGUGCUAUUGUCAGCUAGAUGUAUUCCCCGUUUACACCAUGUGAGGGGCCUGUUGACCAGUGUAAGAAGGGGACGGGGGGUGAAGGAGUCUAUAAGCUAAGUGAUUGGGAGGGGUGGAGUGUACACAAAUCAGCUCUGUGAUCCAGAAACCAGUAAUCGUGUGAAUCCCUUGUGAGUGUAAGCCCGUCGGCAACCUACCCUAUGGUGCCCCACCGCCAAUCCAGGCCCCGGGCCCCCCCCCCUUCCAAGCACGACCAAUCACAUCCAGCUGCUUUUGAGCCCUACCAAACACCGCCACGCAGACGAGCGGGGGCGCCACACCAGGGCCCAGGACCUUCACCCAGCCAGCCCGGGGACGGAGGGCGGUCGGGGGGGUGGGCAGCGCUGCCCAUCCCUCACCCUGCAGCCCAGCAAAGGGGUCAUCGUCACCCCCCCGGGACCAUCCGCGCCCACAUCGACCAGCCUUCAGGCAUGGAAAGAUGGGACGCACCACCAACCCCACGUCCAUCCCC